CCCAACCUAGGCUUCACUUCUCUGUGUAGCGAGGUACCUCCCCUGCUUCUUUGCUCUCCGUGACCACUAAAAGCAGCUGAUAGCAUAAUGUAGCUGUUUACCUCAUUAGUACCGCAGGUCAACUAUGAUCCGUGUACUGGAUAUGAUGACAAAGACGCAGCACUCUUCAUCAAGGAAGAAGUAGAAGACCAUUAGUCAAGUUGCCAGUUCUUAAGUUACCUAUGCACAAAGCAUAACAUCUAAACAUGGCUGCGAGUGGCGACGAAUCGUUCCCAGGAGAGACCGCAUAUCACCUGUCUACCUGAAUAAGAAAGCGAAGACGAGAGGAGGAGACGGCGCCCUCAACAUUAUCUGGGUGAUCAUGUUCUACGCAGUCGGUGUCCGCCGUCGGGUCGUCGUUUGCCAUGACAACGGCGCCAGCUGUCGCACUGAAGGGGGCCAAGGUCGAGAAAGGGAUGGGCGUGAACCCCACGUACAUCUGUACCAAACAUGGCCUGCUAAACAUACUCGAAGUGGUGUUCCCAUUGAUCACGUUGAUAUUAGCUCUGGUCUCGGAACUCGAGUCGACAUCCACCCGCCUUCUGCUCUUGAUCACCUUCUCCUACUUGUACACGUCUACCUGCAUGCUCAUGGGAGGCAUCUGUUCCCCGUACACUCAGGCCUACCUGCCGCUCUCGCUUUAUUUCAUGUUGUACCAUCUGGUAGGCAGCUGCUUCUUCCUGGUCGCCGCCAGUUGGAUCAUGACCUCAUCCGAAGACCAUGGCGUCGCAAAAGCUGCUGCAGGCACAGGAAUCGUCGUGGCAAUUGUCCAUUUUAUCCAUGGAUUGUUCACGUUCAUGACAGUAUUCAACGUAGCAGAAGUUCCGGAAGGCCCACCACCAGAGAGCGUAUCCGAAUAUGAGGAAGAGGAGUAACCGUAAUAAAUAGUGAACGGCAUAGAAAUUACCUCUGAUAGCCUAUAAAAGUACAAUUACCCGGGGA